AUGGCAGACUCUCCAGUCUCACCCUGUAACUACCUUCCCGUCUUGCCUAAUAGCGACUACUACACCAUAGGCGAGAACGACGACAGCAUCCCGUCUACUGACAUCUCCGAUUCCGAGGAGUUCCCACCCGAGCCUGAUCGCCACAUACUAGUUGCCCCGACCGCCCCUACGCCCAGUGCGAUGCCUGCGCACAGCCGGCACAAGCAGCCGGCACAAAUGCGGCCGACACCGAUGUCUGUGGCGUUCGUCCACAGUACUACAACGGGUCCAAAGCCUACCCUACCUGCGGCCUCACAUACGCCGACCGACUGA